CCUCUCUGACUCCACCUGUGGACGAGCAAGACAAUAACUCUGAGGGAAGACAUGGUGUCAGUUAAAGCUGCGGCGAUGGUGAUCACACUCCUCACUGUUUGUCUCCUGGCAACAGAGACAUCUGCAAUGAAUUACAAAUGCUGUCUCAGAUACAUGAAAACAAAAAUUCCAUUUCAAGCAAUCCGAGGAUACUCCAUCCAGACUCGUAAAGAGAUGUGUCCCAUCGAUGCCAUCAUUUUCCACACAAAGAGGGGUCAAACGUGUGCCGAUCCUAGUCAGAGAUGGGUGAUGGACUAUGUCGACCAUUUAAGGAAUAAAGCACAAAUGGUUCACAACAAGAACCCAGGAGCGUAGAAACAGACCUCGAAGAUAAAAAGUCUGCUCAUCGAGGGGAGACGAUGCGAGUGCGCUUGAACCAAUGGACUCUUCCAUCUCAUCUCAGCAUGUUAUCACCACUCCUAUUUAACAAAACUGCUCAUAAUAUAAAGGAUUGUCAUGCAAAACAAGCAUCAGCUCAAU